UAUAAAGAUUAGUGACAAAAAAUAGCAGACUGAAUAAUUAAGACUUAAAUAUGCACAUUGAGAUGCAGAUGCUUAUUACCUGCUCAGGUUUUCUCGCAUUAACAUGUCAAGGACAUAAUCGUAUUUAUUUAUCACAUAUAUCAUAUGGUUGCGCGUCACGCCUUGCACGUGGUAUAAGAGACUCGAGACUCGAGGUCAAAACAAUCUCAAACAUACGUGCGGCGCCGCGGGUGGGAGACUGGAAGCUUUGGCAUUAUUUCGGUGCAGGCACGUGUAUAGUGACGUUAACGGUAAUGAGGUCAUCGCCUGCAUCGAUCGUGUCGCCACGCGCGGAGGGCGGAAGGAUAUCCACGUGUAGGACACAUAGGUCAUCAUCAAAACGCCGGAUGUUACUCCAAAGUCAAUAGUGGGAUAUUAAAAGAGAUACUCCAACUCGCUGACGAUAAGAUGACACGACUUGAUACGCAUUUUGCGGAAGUUUGUUAUAACGACAAUAAAGAUUUUUAUUGUCUUCUGAGUAUGAGUUUUAAAAAGGAGAAACCCUUGAGAAAGUUCCUUUUCAAUUAUCUACAGUAACUUAAUAAGUAUUCCCUGAUCCUGUAUGGUAAUUAACAGAUUUAAGAGAGAGAUUUUAUCAAAUGGCGCCGACUAUUUGCGUAGCGGAAUUUCCGAUGGUCGGAACCACCGUUAACACAUACGUUCACCGGCGACGAAGAUCUCAAAAUGGAAUAAGCACAGCUAAACGGCAAACAUUUUCGCUGGAACAAAUGAUAUUGCAUAUUGGGACUAUCAUCGAAACAUCCCUAACAUCUGGCGAAAAAUGUUCACAGAAAUUAGAAUAUACGAAUAUGAUUCCAAACUGUUCUAUUCCAGAUAAAAGUACGAAACAUUCAACAAAUACGAACGAGUGUUGCAGAAAACUCGUUACGUCAAAAAAAGAUCUCUUGAAUAUUAUCAUACGCACGAUAAUUCUCGUGCAGCGCAAUCGUAUCCUUCAGAGACGUCUAAAUGUAUUACGAGCAGAGACACGAAGAUUUCUCCGUUCUGUAUUAAAUAAUCCGGAAAAUCAGUGUCAAGAACAAAGAUUGCAAAUGUCGACACGUUUUGAGGAUGAGAUUGUUUCAUCAACUACGGAAAAAGUCUCGACAUUAUCACCUUCACUCCACUUCAAUUCGAGCAAGAACUUGUUUCACGAAACUGUCUCCGCUUGCAAUAAUCUUGAUCAUACCAAUGAUAAAUCCAAUGAUCAAUUUGAUUAAUCUUCAGAUUCAAGCAGAAGCGAAAAUUUUUAGUAUCUGAAGCUAAUAAUUUCUCAGAUGACGCAUAAAUAAAGCAAAAAGGUUGUUUAAAAGAGAAUGUCCUCCUUGCAUGAAAAAAAAUAUAUAUAUACAUAUAUCUUUAGAUAUACAUAUUUCAUUUCAGAAUAUAUUUUUCUCUAAAUAAAAUAUUUUUCUAUUCUUUAUAACAUACAAUGUUAAAGAAUUGAAUUGAACACAAAUAUUUCUGAAAAACAAUAAAAUUUAAAAAACCUAAUUUUUAUCUCCUUUGAGGGAGUGUAACUUCUCAGGAAGGGAUAUAAGAGUAUAUGUUUAUAUAAAAGAUCAGCCUUAAUUUUCGACAAAGAAUCAUCUCCUAAAAUUUUUUACACUUAUUUAGAAACACUCUGCAUAUCAAGUUGUAAAUUUCAGUGAAAGAUAAAAACAACCUUAUUGCACAUUAUGAAAUACUAUUCCGAUUUGCGAUAAACGCAAAAAAUUACAUAUUUCUAAUUAUAUAAAAUAAGAGAGAUCCACCAAUGUAAAAUCAUAUUAUACAUACAAUUGUUUUUUCUCUUCUGAAAUAUGUUGAAAAAUUAUUUUAUGGAUGUAUGAUUAGAAUUAAUAACAAUUUUUACACAUUUUCUUCCAGGGCGGAGAUUAACAAUUAUUUAACACUGCUUGUGAGAAUUACUAUUCAAACAAAUGAUUUCGUAAAAUUAAUCAUAAGAUUUUAAGAAAAAUAGUACAAGUAUUAUGUCUGCAUGAAUGUCAGUUUGUGGGCAUUAAAAAUAAAUUUUUAAAACUAAAUUUUAGAUUACUAAACAUUUAGGAGUGUGCUAUGAAUAUUUAAAAAUGUGUUCCCUAAUCGCUUUGAAUAGUAUGAAUAGUUAUGAGAAAAAAAACGCCAUCUCUAUAAUUAAUCCAGUUAAUUAGAAUUCUAACAAUUAAGCUAUUCGUACAUAAUCUUUUAUUAUGAAUAAUCACAUAAUCAUUAGAAGAUAUAAUGUAUAUUAUAAAAUAGUUCGCUAACUGUUCGAUAAUAAGCUAACAGUAAAACAAAAGGAUGAAUAAUUUUAUAAUAUGACAUAUAUAUUUGGAAGCAUUAGUGCAAAUUAGAUAUCAAAAAGCUUUCACAAUUCAAAAAAUUGUUGAUGCUAAUGCUAGUUUAUCAAUUGAUUUCUGACGGUUGAUGACAAUAGAAAACAAUUUUUAAUUGGAUAAUGAAAUAAUUUUAAUUGGAUAAGAUAAAAUUAUUGGUGAAAUUAUAUUAUAAUCAUUGAAGUUUAUUUUAUGGCAAGUUUAUUAAAUGUGUCUUCAAUAGAAAUUUUCUCAUAUGUUAUAAAUUUUUAAAUAAUCUAAGUAGCUAAGCAACACUUCGUAAUCGAUAUCAGUGAUGAAUCUAUAAUUCUCGUAAUCGUAAAUUUUUCGUAACAUUAUUCGUGCGUAUAGUAUAAUUUUUAUAUGUAUAAUCACAGUAAUAUUAGAGUUAAAAGUCAACUGAUUUAUGAAAAAAGAUUUUCUUGGAUUUAGAAACAUCUACAUAACAUUUAAUUUAAAUUAUACUAAACUAUAUCCUUUUACUAUCAUGGCUGUGAAGUCUGUAUUUGCACUCGUAACGUAUUAUUCCUUUUACAAUUUUGUCGGACGAACAUUCUAGUUAUUUAUAUAUUAGAAUACACAAUUUUGCACCAAUUAAUGUAUAAUAGUUUCAUAUCACAGUACAUUAGCUACAUAUUUGUCACAAAUAAUUAUAUAACCAUUAAAUUAUUGAAUAAUAUAAAUCCUUUUUAUGAAAAAUAACAAAUAAAAAUUGAUAUUUGUAAUAGAAACUAAUAUCAAAUAUUGACGUAACAUAAUCUAUCAUAAUCAAGAAAAUUAUACUUGAAAGAAGAAAGAAAAAUUUAUUAUUUUGUUAUAUUCUUGCAUUAAUUUUUGGUAUAUCACCUUUUGAUGUAUAAAGUAUGUAAAAUUAUUGCAAAUUAUUGCAAAUUUUAAUAAGAUUUUAUUUAAACUUAAUUAGAAUUUUAUAUUUUUUUAUAAUUAAUAAGAAUCGAAAGCAAUGUUAACACUGCAUUUAAUCCAUCUUAGAACUGUGUGAUAAUCAUAGUAUAUUUCAGGGAUAUAACUAAUAAAUUUCAUACUGAAAAUCAUGUGAUAGCAUUAUUCAAUCAAACUGUAUGCUAAUAAAGAGGAUUUGUGCCUAAGGUGCAUGUACGCGCUAUACUUUUCGAUCACUACGAGCAAUACAAAUGUAAAUAUUUAUAAUAGGCGAUGUUUAAAUAAUAUUUAGAUUCGAUGUACGUAUUGAUUAUAAAUCUAUCUUCCAUCCUAAUAUUUCCUACAGACAUAGGAAUACUUUAUUGUCAACAUGAAAUGUUUUGUGAACUUGAUCUUACAUACACGAGAUGACGGACAUAUGUAUGUGCGAAUAAAUAUAAUACAAAAACA